CAACGCCUCACGACCUCCAUCCACCCCCAUUCCUCUUCAAUCCACCAUGUUUCCCACCGCCCGGUGCCUAGCUGCCAAGCCAUCCGGCUUCAUCAAGCGCAGCGCCGAAGAACUCAGUCGCCUGACGCGAAUCGCCUGGAACUCCGAGGCCCUACACACCCCAACCAAGCCCUACGUCCUCCUUGACUUUGAAGAUGACUCGUCCGUCGCCGGCUGCAAGACCAUGGCCGACCGCGCCGUCGGGGGCUUCAGUACCGCCAGUCUCGACUACGUGCCCGCUGAUCCAGCGACCAAUAGUCCCGCCCAUGCCCAAUUCCACGGCAGUAUCUCGACCAAGUUGCCGAUGAAUUGGCGGGUUGAGCGAACGGGCUACGCCGCCUUCCGCAACCAAGACCGAGGCAUGUGGCUCUUCGGCCGACUCUACUGGGACGUCGAUCCAUACGCCUACCUCGCACUGCGAGUAAAAUCCGACGGUCGUCGCUACACCGUGAACAUCCAAACCGACUCCAUCGUCGAGACCGACAUCCACCAACACCGACUCUACACGCGUCAUCACCGCGUCCAACACUCCGCUUCCUCCCUCCCCUCCUCCAUCGAAUCCCCCGACCUCGCCGACCAAAUCUACCCGCACGGCAUCCCCGCCUCCCUCUCCGACACGCCCCCGGAAUCCAUCAUCAUGUCGAGCGGCAGUACCAGUUCCAGUGUAACGACGUCCGGAACGACGGGGUGGGAGACGAUUCUGCUACCGUUCAACUCGUUUGUGCGGACGAAUCAUGGAUUGGUGGUGGAGCCGCAGACGUCGAUUAUCAGACAGCGGGUGAAGAGUGUGGGGAUUGGGUUGACGGAUCGGGUCGAGGGCCCGUUUGAUCUCAGGAUUCAUAAGAUUUGGGCCACGAAUGGUAUGGGCGAGGCGGAGAUUGAGGAGGAGCGGAGGAUUUGUGGGGCGGAUGCGUUGCCUGUUGAUGAGGGGGUUAUGACGGGGUGGAUGGGGGAGAAGAGUGAGGGCGAGAGCGAGAGGAGACGGGAGGCGGAGGAGAAGAAGGAGCCCAAGGCCAAGGGAUUGAAGGGGUUGAAGGAUGAGUGGGAGCAGUAGGUGCAGUUCAAAGUAUACCUUGUUCUCUAGAUUGUAUAGUAAAAGUAGGAGUCCCAGUGAACGUCUACCUAAUACACUGACCGUUUGAUUCCAAUUCUACAAACACAUGAUGCCAUACAUCCCUUACAUCUCGCAGGGACUCAACC